GAACCAAUAUCCAACUCUUGUCGCUAUUGAUCUUGGGUCACAUGGCUUAAUAUGGUCUCGUUUGGUGACAUCAAUCGGUUCGAUCCGGCUAUCUGUCCUCCUUUUUCUAUCUAUCCCUUCAGUUUGUUCAACGUUCAACCGCCACGCCGCUCCCAGUCAGUUUCACCUCGACGGCUCAAACGGCACGCUUCGCAAACACUCUGACACGCUUCACGCCUCCGUCAGGCACAAUGAUGAGCUUGACGUGGGUAAACACCUUGUCCUUGACCAAGCUGUCUGCUGGGUGUUCAGCAUCUGGGCCAGUCUUGAUCGGCUCUGCUACCUUCACCCAACCCUCAGCAUCGGGCCCGAGUUCACCAUCUCCCUUCCACUCAAUAGCUUCAAGCUCAACCCUUUGAGGGUAGUUUCCUCGGAAGUGAGCCGUGUCAACAAGGAAAUUCUGGAUGUAAGCCGGCGCUCCAAGUUUGAUAAUGGUCCAAUCAAUAUGACCCUUACCACGAGACCGAGCUGUCUCCCAGCCGUCUCCCAUAUCUUUGCCUCUGCCAGGCAGGAUCAGGUUGUCCUUGGUUCCAAAGUGCUCAUCACUGCACGAGACAGCAACACCUCCGUUUUGGGCGGCAGCCAAGUCGAUGAUGGCAUUAGUAUCCUCUGGAAAGACGGGAACGGCAUGACCAAAGAGGCGGAAUCUGGCGAUACCACCGUCCGGGUACAUGUUCAAACGGACGUGUGUGUAUUGCUUGUUGGUGGGAUUCUCCAACUUCCACCCAAAUCUCUGGCUGGGGCCGCACUCCUGAAGCCCGAGAAUAGUCUCCCAACCACCACGGCCUCCCUUCCAGGAGAGGACCUCCUCGUUGUUUUGGCUGAAGCAGCCCUCGACUGAGAUGGCAGGGGCGUGGUUGCCGUUGAAGUAGGCAGUGUCGACUUCAAUGCCCUCGACAGUACCAGAGCUAACUCCCAGGCGGAUCACCACCCAAUCGAAGGGCUCAGUGUUGUGUCUUCUGGUCUCCCAGCCGUCAUACCAGGCACCGGAGUAAACCAUCUUCCCCGGUUUUCUAACUGGGGGAAGUGGGUUGAUCAAGUUGGCAGCAUCAGCAAACCAUUGGUCUGAGAAGCCAAGAACUUCACCUCCAAGAGUGGCUGAGACCAAAUCUGCAAGAUGGUUAGCACGGCAUCCUGCCGUGAGACAGAAUUGCACCUACCAAUGGCGGUUGACUUGAAGGUCUUGUCGAUGUAUUCGGCAGAGACCGAAGUGGCCGGGACGGCCUCGGUAGCAUAUCCGUAGUCAUCAGCCAUGGUGGGCAACUGUGAGGUUCAAAGUGCAAUUGAAGGUAAGAAGGCCAAAUAGAUGAUAUGUCGUUUCAAGGCGGCACAGAGGGCACACUUAUAAGCCUAUCAGUUCCAACCGAUGCCGGCCGUAUCAACAAUCGUUAUCAAAGCAUAUGACACAAGAGCCGGGGAAACGGUUUCGUUUAAAUCCAACGUCAAUCUCCUAUCCGCCUCCUCCCCAACCCAGUGGCCCGCACAGAAGAACGAGUGGAAGUCGGCCAGCUCCGACGGCAGGCCUGCCUUUGAAAGUGGAGAUGGAGGCGAGCCGAUGGGUCCUUCUAGAGUCCUAGACACCUUCUCCGACACCCCAAGCAACCGGAGGUGACUAACAGAAAACAUGCACAAUCGGCCGGCCGUCCUCUCGGAUGCAGGUUCGAGAAACGAAGGCGCGGGGCACAUCGGCACACGGCGGCACAAAUUGAUAAGAUACCGGUCCGAACGGGAGCGACCCCGCAUAACUGGGGCCAUGAAAAUCGGUGUGAAGUGAUUGGUCAGCCAGCUUGUCUCUCAGCUCGGCCGCCUCGGUGCCGUCAUCACCGAUCUGGACCGCGCCAUCAGAAGCAAGUGAGGUGAUCUCUCUGGGGAAAGUUUAACUUGACGACAAGACUCCAUCUUAGCUGUGGAAUAUCUCCUGGAGCUUACAGUUCAAUAGAGACGGCAGAGGCUUGAAACUAGUGGCUUCCCGAUUUAGUUUCACUAACUGGCAUGAUGCAUGCAUGUUUUCUUCCGUCAACUUGUGACCGGAUUGGUAAUGAUUCGAUAGCUUUGGGGGGGGAGAAGCGGCAUAAAGGGUGACACAAGCCGACGAUCUUGUCCGCGUCACUUUGCCCUUGCCCUUUCCUUUCCAGCUCCUUCAGCUGGGUUGUGUCGUCCGUGGCGUCUGUCAACUUCACGCCUUUUCCCCGCCGACUUGUGUCUGAGACCGUCUAUAUCAGCAACCAGACUUCCCACUCGAGCUACUCGCAGCCAUUUUCGUUUGGGUUCGUGCUGGCUCGAGACUAAACCCAGCCAUAUCAUCAUCCAUCACCAACCCACACCCUCCACGGCUCUUAUAAGAGCCCCCUUCAUUCAAGAUGACCUCCACAACCACCCCUUCCCUCCCGCGCUUGCCGGACGAGAUACACACUCACCAGGAAGAACCUGACACCCAUCAACAACCAAACGAAAACGAACCCCUCCUAGGCCGACCAGGCGACGCAAUCCAACGCCCCGACGCCCCCAUGUACCGCAACCUCUAUCUCGGAACCGGCAUCCUCUCCCAAACCGGCCUCCUCCUCCUCCUCCUCUCAAUCCUUAUCCCCCUCCUAACCCACCACCCCCUUUUACCUCUCUUAGUGCCCCACCCAAUCCUCCAACUCACCGGCCUCCUCGUCGCAACAGAAGCAAUCCUCCUCCUCCAACCAACAACAAAAUCUCUCCCCCUAGCCAAAACCCGCGCGGCCAAAUUCCACGCCUGGCUUCACCUUUUAUCCUUUUUGCUCUUCCUAUCAGGAACAGUAAUAAUCGAAACAAACAAACACGCCAACAAACUGCCUCACUUCCACUCUGUGCACGCUUAUUUGGGGGUUGCGACAGUCUCGUUGCUGGGACUGCAGUAUCUGUUUGGGUUCACGAUUUAUGUCACGCCCAGUGUGUGGGGAGGGGAGGAAAAGGCAAAGAAGGUCUGGAAGUGGCAUCGGUACCUUGGGUAUGGGGUUUUGUUGAUGAUUCUGGCGACUACGGGGAGCGCGGCGUGGACGGAUUAUGUAAAGGGGCAGUUGGGGGUGUCGAGAGUGGGAGUGGUGUUGGGGGUUGUGUUGGUUGCGGGGGGCGUGUUUCCUAGGAUUCAGCUGGGGAAGUUGGGGUUGAGGGAGUAUUGAUGAGGAGGAUACAAAGGGGAAAGAGUGUAGGAUGGAGAGGGGUGGGGGUUGGGAAAAUACAAGUAUGGAUAUUUCAUAGUGUGGUGGUGAUGAGGAGGGGAAGGAAACGAAAGGCAACACAAAGAAGAGCUGGUGUGGGACUUUUGGGGUUGGAGUUUAUGGGACUGGUAUCUUCUUUUUACCACUAACUAUCAAUUGUCUAAUGGUUGGUUUGUUGAUAGUAGUCAAGGCCAUUAAUAAUCGCAAAAUAUGAUAAACCACACUCUCUCUGUACGCAUU